GAAAUGUUGAAGUGUCGCCAACAAGAAAAACAGUAAAUGUUUGGCUGAUUCCUUAUUAAAUAUAAAAUAUUGUGUUGUUGUGUAAUAUGAAGAAAAUUCAAACAGAUGGAACCGAGUUACAUAUGUUUGAGAUGUUUAGAUAAUUUGAAUAUGAUGUACAACAAAAUAACGUAUAAAAGUAGUAACUGAAUGUAUGAUUUUUUUCAAAGUAAGUUGGAAUUCCGAGAAGUGGGAAAGACACAUGAACGGUAUAGGCACACGAACGGUAUAUACUGUGAUUUAUUCAACUCUGCCCCUGGCAGGCUGCUGACAGUUUCAUCCAAUAGUGAUUGUUCCAAUCGCAAUUGUUUCCAAUCGCGACAGUUUCGUCCAAUCGCGAUCAUCCAAUGGCCGUUGUGACGAAAAAUCGUAGUAUAGGCAGGGUAUAGGGGAGUUACGCCGGGUCGUGGCGGGUGUUCGUUCACCAGGUUGUGCAGGUGGUGUUCUGCCGGUUAACCUUCAAAGUUUAUACACUUGUAGUUUGUUAUGAUCGGGUAUUGAAUGAUGCUGUAAAUUAUUUAUCAAUUUUUGCUUCAAUUAUUUAAAACAUUGCUCUUUGCACGUUUUUCCUGUAAGAUUUUAAAAUGGCAGAAUCAGAUUUCAAUGCUUUACUGCAUGCUGCUGAGCAACUUUCUGCAGAAGUUGAUGGAAGUCGAGAAUUACCAAAAGUUGAAAGGUCCCUUAGACAGGUUCUUGAGGCAUCUACUGAACUGUGGUCGCGUGUCACGCAGACUGGAGCACAAGAUUUACAGGCGCAUGUACUAUUGGGAUCAAAAGGAGUUGAUUUACCUCAACUUUCUCAAAAGCUUGAGACUUUAAGUACACGGAAAACCUUUGAGCCUCUCGAACCUGUACCAGAAGCUGAUAUUCAAACUUUCUUGAAAAAUGAACUUGAAAAUGCUAUAUUGUCUAUCAUUGAAGAGACCAAUAGAACCUCAUUUGAAACUGCUGAACAUCGUAUGUGGGAUGAUGUGAAUAAUCGUUGGCGUCAAGAAAAACUAAAAGCUCUUAAUGCUCUGCUUGGAUCUUCUGAUGAAAUGCUUGGCAUUUCUGCACGUCCGGAGGUAUCUAUUAUUAAUGAUGGUAGUAUAUCAUCAAGGAGUCAGUUGGAUGACCAACAAUCGGCAUAUGCUUCUGCUGUGACUGAGUACAAUAGAUUGGCCGUUCAGGGAGCCCUCCGGCCGUCAUUGAUAGACCGUUUCCAUGACGCUGUCAGAGAUUUACAUGAAAGUAAAGCUAUGGACCUUUGGAAUAUGGUAGCCUGCAUGACGGAAAUUCCUCCUCAGAGUCUUGGUGACCCUCUUAAAGCAAGAGCUACUUCAACAGUGGAGCAAACAUUGAUUACACAAGCAAGAAAGUUUUUAGAAAACAGAUAUAAAGUGUUUAUGAGAAACAAAGUGGAAUGCAACUUGCAAGAAGCCAGGAGAGGUGGUCGGCCUGGCACAUUACCUCUUGUCAUUUGUUAUGCCAAAUUACAGCAGGUAUCAGUUGUUCCUGGUUUGGAAGAAGUUACAGUUGAUGGUCAACCUUUGUGGCCAGUGGUGUAUUUUUGCCUUCGAAGUGGGGAACCAGGAGCUGCUCUUAAUGCUGCAUCUCAGGCAGGAUCUGCUCUGGAGGAGUUUGUUUCUGUACUAGAGGAAUUGGAAAAAAGCCCAGAUCGCCGCUUGAGUACACGCCUUGAGCAACACCUUAGAUUUCAUUAUCAACGCAGUGUUCGAGCAUCAACAGAUCCAUUUAAAAAAGUUGUCUACUGUGCUCUGGGUGCUUGUGAUACUGCUGAAGAACAUACAUUCAUUUUGAAAACUGCUGAUGACUACCUGUGGAUGAAACUGUGUCAGAUUAGAGAAGAUAAUUCCCAGCAACCAGGGAGUGACUCUAUUACAUACCCGCAUCUUCAGUCGUUAAUUCUUGAGGAAUAUGGUGAAAAGCACUACAAUGCAAGUGCCCAACCUCUACUUUAUUUCCAAAUGUUAUUCUUAACUGGACAGUUUGAAGCUGCUGUGGAGUUCUUAUCUCGACAGGAUCGGUUACGAACACAUGCUAUCCACAUAGCUUUGGCCUUGAGUGAGCUGCAACUUCUAGCAUUGCCUCACAGCAUCCAAGCUCCUCUGUUGUCUUCAAUGCCAGAUGAUCGGCCACCACUGCGGCGAUUGAACCUUGCGCGACUUCUAAUGCUGUAUGUACGUCGUUUUGAGUCAUCGGAUCCUAAAGAGGCUCUUCAGUAUUAUUAUUUUCUCAGAAACAUCAAGACACCAGAAGGACAGAAUUUAUUCAUGUUGUGCAUCAGUGAUCUUGUUAUGGAAGCCCGCAAUUUUGAUUUAGUUCUGGGAAGCUUGUCACUUGACGGCUGCCGUAUUCCUGGUCUGAUCGAUUCCUUCCAAGGAGUGCAGGCUGAUGCUAAACAAAUUAUUGAGUUGGUUGCAUCUGAAGCUGAACGCAAAGGACUACUUGAGGACGCUAUUCAUCUCUAUGUUCUUGCUGGAAACCACGAGAAAGUAUUAACAUUACUUACAACCCUUUUGGCACAAGUUGUCCAGCAGAUCAACAGUCCUGGUUCUGUUAGAGCUCGUCUUCAAGAAUUAGCUGCUUCGGUUUCAGCAAGAUAUGAGGGACAGCAUAUAUCAUGCUCCUCGCAGACAUCGUCUGCUUUUUUCACUUUACGUGACCUGCUAACCAUUAGUCGUGCAAAGUUAAUUCCUCUGAGUAUGGCAGAGAUGGAAGAGCGAGUUGGAAACUUUCGAAGACUCAGUGAUGAAGUGUGUCGAGCUGUACCAGAAGUUCUUUUAGCAACAAUGAACAUCCUUUAUUCAAUGUUCAACCAUAUUAAAACGGGUGGAACCAGUAGUUAUCCAGAACACAUGAGAGAUUCAACCAAAGAAAAGGUAAAAAGAAUCAGGCUGCAAAUAGACAUAAAAACUGGUAUUUCUUUAUAUCAAAUCAAACUUCAUUUUUAUAUUUCCUUCCUUAAAAAGAAUAGAAACAAUAAAUUUUGCACUAUGUUUCUAUUUACUACAUUAGCAGAAUCAGAAAAAACCAUUACUGCUUCAGAAGUGAAAUAUGUGUGGAGUGACGUUGUUGAAUUAGCACUGAAGAAUGGUGGAUGGCAAGCACUUUGGAAAAUUCCCCGAGCAACAUGCGAAAACCUUAAAAUUGAUUUUCCAACCGUUGUCUUUGUCAAUGUUCAAGAAUUGAAUUGUAAUGAACUCUCAGCCCUCAUAAACAUUGUGGCUGUUGAAGAUGAUAUUGAGGUGCCGGAAAAUCAUGAUGCCCUACUGAUUCAUCUUCAUCCUACUGUGCAACAAAACGAUGCAUCAUUAUCCAUUCAGGAUAUUGCUGAAUGUUUAGAUAAGCUUCGGUUUUUCUAUACUCACAUCUGGCAGCCUUGGGAUGAUGAAGAUGAUAAAAGUCGAGAUUGGGUAUCAAAUCGUUUGGAGCCCAGAAUGAAACUCUUUCGAGAAAUGCAGGCUGGUGUACUUAGCUCCCACACUGUAUCAUGUAUUCGAAGUUUACUUCAAGAAGCUAGAAAUCUCCAUAAACAUAAAAAGCUCCUUGAAAUGAAGGACACAGAGCAUUCAUUGCAGCCUAUGUUAAAAGAUGAUUGUGUGGAUGAUUCUCAAGAAAAAGACAUUGCUCUAGAACUCAUGGAGCUUAAGCUAAAGUGGGAUCAAAUGUGCCAGGAAAUUGAAAUGAUAGAAAACCCAUCCUUAAGGGAAAAGAUAAUAAAGCGUCGCCAGAAAGGACAGGCAUAUCAUUCAACAGGUUCUGAACAAAUCUUUAUUGUUUGGAAUGGAGGCAAUUGUAUGGAACUUCUUGAUCUGAUGAGUAAAGCACGCUCUGUUGUUUCUGAAAGUGCAGAAAUUAAACCUUGUACUUUGAUGACUGCAUUGAACUUUGUGGAAGAAGGCUGUCCCUCAUCAUCAGAAGUUAUAUUGAGUGCAGCAGAAUCAUGUGCUACCCUUGUGGACUGGGCAGGAAUCAGAAUAAAGUUUGAAGAUCUAUCGCUGUCUGCACCAGUAACACAAGCAUUGGUUGUUGUGCGAAGUGGAGUUAUGAAUGCCAAAAACUGCCAGUUUUUGUGUGAUCCUCAUAACACUUCGACUACAGGAGUGUGUAUUAUGCCUGGUGGCAGGGCUGAGUUAAUUGAAUGUGCCUUCUCAGAUUUUGAUGCUGCCCUUGCCGUACAUGCUGGAGCUACACUAACAUUAAUUCGUUGCCGAUUAUCAUCUUGUGCAAUCGGUAUUCAGGUGUAUGAUGGUGGUGAAGUAUAUUUAAAGGACUGCCUUAUACAAAAUUGUUUGGAGUAUGGCAUUGUUGUGAGAACAUUACAGAACAAUAUUCAGAAUACUGUGGGUUCUUUGUGUUUACUUGACAGUUCUGAAUCUGUUGUUGUUGAAAGCUGUAAGAUGCAAGGAAAUGCCCAGGGUGAUGUGUUUAUUUCUCCUAUGCCUUCAAAUUCUCUUCUUUAUGAUAUAAAUAUGGAUUCAGAAGAAUCAUCUCCUCAUCCUAUUUCAAGUAAAUCAGAUCUGGAGUUUGAGGAACAUUCCAACUGUUCUGCAAUAUUGACUUAAUAUGUUAAAAGAACAUUUAUUCUAUAAUUUGUUACAAAGAAUUUAAGAUUUAAUAUUCUGUUUAGUUUUGUAUCAAAUAUGUAUGUAACUUUUAUACCGAAGUUUAUUGAGAGUUAGAUAAUGCUUUUAUAUUCAGUAUAGUGUAAAUGAUUGAAGAGUGUUUCAAGUUAUGUUAAUUUUUAAAUCAAUUUUAAUAAAAUUGUGUUUCAUGUUUUGGAUAAUUAAAUUAUUCAAUGCCCCAUAUGAAUCUUUUUAGACGCAAUGACAAAUAAAC